UCUGUUUGUGUUGAAGGAGGACAUUGCGGAUAUCAGGGCCUACUUUUCCACAACAAAAUGGAACCGCCUCUGUAUGGCAGAGAAAAAAAGAUUCCUGCAGAUCAAGGAAAACCAUUUGGUUAUGUCGUCUCUUGGCCUGUCCUUUGUGGCUCCAGCCUUCAUGAGGAGAGAGAAGCCCGGCCAGGUGAGAGUCUGCUCACCUGAAGAGACGGACUAUGAGGAGGAGCAGCUCUGGACCUCUGGAUUGACCGGUGCUCGAGUGUGGAAGCCACCAACAGUCAGACAGGGGUCUCUACAACAGCCCAGUACGUCAGAUGCAGUGUCUGUACAGAGUCUCUCAGGGCGGGGGUGGAGUGACCAGGAGGUCUCUGGAGGGACCACUCCUUCUCAUCCAGAGAUCGACCCCCCCGGAGGAGGAGUAGAGAGGGGCUCUGCAGUCCAGGAGGAGGUCUCCUUGGAGUUAACUACCAAGAACCGGAAGUACCUAAGGAUGACGACUACUUCUUCUGUGAUGAGUGUAGGACUUUCUUCCUCGAAGAGUGCGAGGUCCACGGUCCUAUCGUCUUCGUGGCUGAUCGAUCGCCCCGUUGCUGUCGGAGAGAAAGACAGAGCCAAGAAGACGCUGCCCGCUGGGUUUGAGAUCAGAGAUUCUGGGAUCCCUGGGGCCGGUCUAGGGGUGUUUUACUGUGGAGACGGUGGCCUUCCCAUUGGAACACACUUUGGACCCUACGAAGGACACAGGACCGAUGAAGAGGGAGCCCUAGAGUGGAUACUCCUGGGAGAUCUACUAGAGCAGACACAGUGAUUACAUUGAUGCAAAGAGAGAGACACUUUCUAACUGGAUGAGGUACGUCAAUUGUGCUCGUAAUGAAGAGGAACAGAACCUAAUAGCGUUUCAGCACAAAGGAGGGAUUCUGUAUCGCUCCUGUGGC